UCGUUGCUAUCUCCCUGGACCUGACUCCUGAUCUCUCCCAACUUGUUCUCUACUCAACUGACAUAUCUCUUACAACAAUCUCUCCCAAAAGGCCUUACUUUUUUAUUCCGUUCCUUCAUCCGAGUAUUAGACAACUCAUAGUGUUAUUGAGAGAAUAUGAGACUCAUCAUUAGACCCGACAGCAGGUCGGCAUCAGCUCAUGUGGCCCAUUAUAUUCUAGAUCGCAUAAGGACAUUCCAACCAACGCCAGAGAAGCCGUUUGUUCUUGGACUUCCUACGGGUAGCAGUCCCAUCCAGAUCUACGAAAUCCUUGUUGCAGAAUACAAAGCCGGCCGCAUCUCAUUCGAAAAUGUCAUUACCUUUAACAUGGAUGAGUAUGUCGGACUGCCUCAGACACACCCGGAGUCCUACCACAGCUUCAUGUUCCGCCACUUCUUCUCGCACGUGGACAUCAAGCCCGAAAACGUACACAUCCUCAACGGCAACGCGCCUGACCUGGACGCCGAGUGCGCUACGUACGAGGACCGGAUUCGGGCCGUUGGCGGUAUCGAUCUCUUCCUCGGUGGCGUCGGCCCGGACGGCCAUAUCGCCUUCAACGAGCCGGGUUCGAGUUUGGCAUCCCGAACUAGAGUGAAGACGCUGGCGAUGGACACGAUACGCGCCAACGCCCGCUUCUUCGGCGGCGACCUGCAGAAGGUGCCGCAGAUGGCGCUCACUGUCGGCGUUCAGACCGUCAUGGAGGCGAGAGAAGUGGUCAUCAUUGUGAAUGGUGCAAACAAGUCUAUUGCUCUUCAGAAAGCGAUCGAGGGCGGCGUCAAUCACAUGUGGACGCUGUCGUGUCUCCAACUCCACCCUUACUCGAUGAUUGUCGCGGACGAGGACGCGACGCUGGAGUUGCAGGUCAAGACUGUCAAGUAUUUCAAGAGCAUCGAAAAGGUCGGACUUGGUAAGGGAUUCGAGCAAAAGCUCCCCUUGAGACUGAGGACUGUGUCGCUUGUCAGCCCUCCUCAGACGCCGGCCGACAGCAAGGCGGCAUUUGACGAAGAUCAUCUCGUGGAGCUGACUCCGGACAGCAUGUCGUCUCGCAUUGCGACGUGGCCCGUUAUAUGAGUUGACAGAAAGAUUUACAAAGAGCAUCUGGGGAAAGGAGACCAUUGGCAGAUGUGCCGCAUGUAUUUAUGAGGCGUUACACGGGUGGAAUGAUUAUAUAUGACUU